CUCUAGCCUUGAUCACACGCACCGCAAAGGCACAAACCCAACAGCGACACGCCACGGUGUAGGCAUUUGCUCGCCGUAAGCAGCAUGGCGUACGGCGGCACCAAGUCCAUGGCGUCCGGCCUCCUGUUCCUCAACCUCAUCAUGUACGUCGUCGUCGCCAUCAUCGCCGGCUGGGCCAUCAACUACAGCAUCGACGAGAGCAAGAACUCACUGAAUGGCGUCUCGCCGCCGGUGCGGCUGUUCCCGAUCUACUUCCCGAUCGGCAACCUGGCGACGGGGUUCUUCGUCAUCUUCGCGCUCAUCACGGGCGUGGUCGGCAUCUCCACCUCGCUCACCGGCCUCCGCGACGUCAGCCAGGGGUACCCCGCCAGCAUGAUGUCCGCCGCCGCCUCCGCCAUCGUCACCUGGACCCUCACCCUCCUCGCCAUGGGGUUGGCGUGCAAGGAGAUCAGCGUCAGCGGGAGGCCCGCGAGCCUGCGCACCCUGGAGGCGUUCACGAUCAUCCUGGCCGGGACGCAGCUGCUCGGCGCCGUGUCGCUCCAUGCCGGCGCGCACGCGGCCAUCCUGGAGACGCCCAUCGGUGGCCGAGUGUGAUCGUCGAUCGGGGCAAGGCCGAUCAACUCGUACAAGAACGCGUCAUCUUGGCAGUAGUGUGAUUGGUUUGUGUACGUGUGUCUGCGUACGUGCGCGCGUGACCGAUGUGUGUGGCUUUACAUGUGCCGUUCGUGUGUUCGUGCGCUUUCUGGUGAGAUUGUCUACUCGUUAAUCUGUAUUGUGUUCCAGUAAAGUACGUUAUGGUGACCCUUUUCAUGGAGUUAA